UGGCCUUGGGUUCCGCUGUGGGGGUUGGUCCGUGGAAGCGAGUGAGAAAAUCCCAGGUUCUGAGAGUUUUCAGUUGUCACCUCUUAUUUAUCAGCAGAGUCGGGCGAAGAGACCCUUGCGGGCGGGGUAGGGAGGAAGGUCGACCGCCCGAGAAAAGAGCGAGCGGGCCGGCCCCGGAUAGGCAGAAGCGAACUGUGUGCAGGGUCCUUAGAGGCAGGUCUUGUUUUGCGGCGCUCUCCCAGGCCAUGGUGCAGGCGGAGCUCUGGGUGAUCCCCAGGUGAGGACAGCGGCUCCGCCCGGGGUUUCCACCGCGGAAGAACUGGGUAGAUGCGGGGUGGGGAAGAAAGGAUGCUGUCUGCACUGCUCCCGGGCAGCACCCUGAGCGGCCGCAGUUGCUGCAGCAGCAGCACUAGCAACAGCAGAGAGCAUAGCGCGGGCCGAGGAGGCGGUUCGAGCUGCUGGUAAAGUCGCCCAACAGCUAUUUCUCCGUAGUAUGCGAGUUGACAAAACAGCCAAAAAACAGGGCUCCCCAUUACAAUCUCCUUCGAGCUCUUUUUCCUUGCCACUCGGAGCUGAUUUAUGCGGAAACAUGCCUUGCACUUGUACCUGGAGGAACUGGAGACAAUGGAUUCGACCUUUAGCUGUGGUCAUCUACCUGGUGUCCAUAGCAGUUGCGGUUCCCCUUUGCGUGUGGGAAUUACAGAAACUGGAGGUUGGAAUACACACCAAGGCUUGGUUUAUUGCUGGCAUCUUUUUGCUGUUGACUGUACCUAUAUCGCUAUGGGUGAUAUUGCAACAUUUAGUGCAUUAUACACAACCUGAACUACAGAAACCAAUAAUAAGGAUUCUUUGGAUGGUACCCAUAUACAGUUUAGAUAGUUGGAUAGCGUUGAAAUAUCCCAACAUUGCAAUAUAUGUGGAUACCUGCAGAGAAUGUUACGAAGCUUAUGUCAUUUACAACUUUAUGGGAUUCCUUAGCAAUUACCUGACUAACCGCUAUCCAAAUCUGGUGUUAAUCCUUGAAGCCAAAGAUCAGCAGAAACAUUUCCCUCCUUUAUGUUGCUGUCCACCAUGGGCUAUGGGAGAAGUAUUGCUGUUUAGGUGCAAACUGGGUGUAUUGCAGUAUACAGUUGUCAGACCAUUCACCACCAUUGUUGCUUUAAUUUGUGAGCUGGUUGGUGUAUAUGAUGAAGGGAACUUCAGCUUUUCAAAUGCUUGGACUUACUUGGUUAUAAUAAACAAUAUGUCACAAUUGUUUGCCAUGUAUUGUCUCCUGCUAUUUUAUAAAGUACUGAAGGAAGAACUGAGUCCAAUCCAACCUGUUGGCAAAUUUCUUUGUGUAAAGCUGGUGGUUUUUGUUUCUUUUUGGCAAGCAGUAGUUAUUGCUUUGUUGGUAAAAGUUGGCGUUAUUUCUGAAAAGCAUACAUGGGAAUGGCAAACUGUAGAAGCUGUGGCUACAGGACUCCAGGACUUUAUUAUUUGUAUCGAGAUGUUCCUUGCUGCUAUUGCUCAUCACUACACUUUCUCAUAUAAACCGUACGUCCAAGAAGCAGAAGAGGGUUCGUGCUUUGAUUCCUUUCUUGCUAUGUGGGAUGUUUCAGACAUUAGAGAUGAUAUUUCUGAACAAGUAAGGCAUGUUGGAAGGACAGUCAGGGGACAUUCUAGAAAAAAAUUUUUCCCCGAGGAUCAAGAUCAAAGUGAACAUACAAGCUUGUUGUCAUCCUCAUCACAAGAUGCAAUUUCUGUCGCCUCUUCUGUGCCACCUUCACCUGCGGGUCACUACCAAGGGUUUGGACAUACUGUGACUCCCCAGACUACACCUACAGCCGAUAUGUGUGAUGAAAUAUAUAAUGAUAUUACAGAAGAGAAAAGAGAAACUUCAGAUAAACCCGUGGCCUCUUGAACGUCCCACUAUUCA